ACACGGGUCAUCACCAGAUCGAAAUCAGCGAUGACAAACUGAUGACAACACUGAACUGUCAAACGAUAAAUGUCACCACGCGAGACAAAUCGCACUACUUUUAAUUUCACUUGAUUUAUGUAAAUAAAUACCGGUUUUAUCAGUUCGCUCGGACAUUAGUCAUUCCGUAAAAUUUUGUUUGGGGGUCAGUCAACCGUUCGCCAACAUCUAUUAACUCCGAUUGACAAAUUCGGCAUUUCAUCACUAGAAAACUGCAAUAUGAAACGUGUUCAACCAACGUGGCAGCCUCCUUCAAGUGCCGAGUCUGUAAAGUUAAAAUUGUACAACAGUCUGACUCGUCAGAAGGAGACGUUUGUCCCACUGGAUGGUAAUAAUGUGAAAUGGUACAGUUGCGGCCCAACAGUCUACGACGCCUCACACAUGGGCCAUGCUCGGUCAUACAUCUCAUUCGACAUUUUACGCCGAGUGUUGGCCGAUUACUUCAACUUCAACGUUCUGUACGUAAUGAACAUCACUGACAUAGAUGAUAAGAUCAUCAAACGGGCGAGACAGAGUUACUUGUAUGAGAAGUAUGCGAGCAGUUCGAUCACUCUGGAAGAGAUGUUGGAAGAUCAAAAGCAUGUACUGGAUGCAUUCAAUGAAAAUCUCCGUGCCACAACAGAUCCGGACAAAAAAACUAUGAUGGAAGGAAUGUUGCUCCAGAUGACUGGCGCCGUCGAUAAGUUAACUGAUGCAGUUAAAUCAAACGACGAGCAACGCAUACUGGAAGCGAAACAAAACUUCCUUCAGCAGUCAAAGGACCCGCUAGCAAAUUGGUUGGAUGCGAAAGACGGAUCUAGUGUGACGGAGCACUCAAUUUUCGAAAAAUUGUCAAGAUAUUGGGAAGACGAAUUUCACAAGGACAUGACUGCUCUGAACGUACUUCCACCGGAUGUCUUGACACGAGUCAGCGAAUAUGUUCCACAAAUUGUCGCUUAUAUCGAAAAAAUUAUCGAGAACGGUCUUGCCUACGAAGCUGACGGUUCGGUGUACUUUGAUGUGUCGAGUUUCGACAGCAAAUCCCAUCAUCAUUACGCAAAGUUAGUUCCUGAGGCAUACGGUGACACCAAAUCGCUGAAUGAAGGAGAGGGUGAUCUCUGUCUUACCGAUGAUCGAUUGGCACAAAAACAUUCACCGAACGAUUUCGCUCUGUGGAAAAGCAGUAAACCCGGUGAACCUUGGUGGGAUAGUCCGUGGGGCAAAGGACGGCCUGGAUGGCACAUUGAAUGUUCAGCAAUGGCUUCCGAUAUUUGCGGCACGAACCUAGAUAUUCAUACCGGUGGAGUGGACUUAAAAUUUCCACAUCACGAUAACGAACUGGCACAGAGUGAAGCGUAUUUCGACAGCGAAGAUUGGGUUAAAUACUUCCUUCAUACCGGUCAUUUGACGAUAGCAGGAUGUAAAAUGUCCAAGUCGUUGAAGAAUUUCAUAACAAUUCAGCAAGCCUUACAGAAGCAAUCGGCCACCCAACUCCGUCUCGCAUUUCUACUGCAUUCGUGGAAGGACACAUUGGAUUAUUCGGACAACACAAUGGAAAUGGCCGUUCAGUACGAAAAGUUUUUAAAUGAGUUUUUCCUAAACGUCAAGGAUCUCACUCGACACGUUGUUACCGAAACGCCGUCAAAUCAGUUCGAUAUCUGGACAUCAACCGAAAAUGAUCUGCAGACGAAGCUAAAUCAAACUAAGGCUGCUGUUCAUGAAGCACUGUGUGAUAACAUCGAUACACGAUCGGCUCUUGACGCAAUUCGAGAUUUAGUUUCCAACUGUAACGUCUACAUACGAGACCAUUCAAAUAAGCUGAACUCCCUGCUACUUCGUAAAAUCGCGAUGUACAUCACCGACAUGAUGCACAUUUUCGGAGCGAUCAAUGGUCCUCGAGGUGGCAUUGGCUUUCCGAUUGGUGGUGAAAGUGGUGGUGAUAUGGAAAAAACCGUUAUGCCGUAUCUGACUGCAAUGUCCGAGUUUAGAGAUUCGGUGCGGGAGCAUGCCAGAAGUCUUAAGGCGAACGAUAUUUUGAAGGUUUGUGAUAAUUUGCGGGACGAAAUUUUACCGAACAUUGGUGUACGCUUGGAAGACAGAGAGGGUAUGUGUGACAGUUUCUUUUGUUGUUCAUUCCGAUCGACGUACGAACGUUUCUUGUUCUGUUCCGGUUUAGGUGGUCCAUCCGCUGUAAAGCUAGUCGAUAAAACCACUUUAUUACGAGAACGGGAGUUGAAAAAAGCUCAGGAACUGGAAAAGGCAGCAGAGAAAGAACGUAAAAAGGCAGAACUGGCAGCCCUGUCUGCAGCGAAAGACGCAGCGAGAAAAGUGAAUCCGAAAGAAAUGUUCUUGCAUGAAACGGACAAAUAUUCCGUCUUUGACGAGAAAGGUCUGCCUACUCACGACAUUGAUGGCAAGGAAGUAAGCAAGGGACAAAUCAAGAAACUUCAAAAACUCCAACAGGCGCAGGAGAAGAAAUACAACGAAUACUUAGCGUCUACGGUCAACGGAUCCUAAUGCUAUUGGAUCUUGGGGUUUUUGUUCUGGAAAUUAACAUCAAUUUCAAAACGCAGUCGAUUCAUCACACCAAUAGAUGCUUAGAUGUUUCAGAUUUCAUUUCAUUCAAGAUUCAUCUCCAUUCAUAAGCCAAUAGCAAAUGGUAUCCCGGACUAAUUUAUUUAUCAAGCAGCAAUUUUGUAGAAUUAAAGUCUUUACAAA